AUGGCAAGUAUGAGUACAACUAUGCCUAAUGUUCCCGUCAAUCAUGGGGAGAAGCCCGAAAAAUUCAAUGGGGCGGAGUUUAAAAGGUGGCAACAAAAAAUGAUGGUCUACCUUACAACUCUGAAUCUAAGCAAGUAUCUAACUGAGACUGCCCCAGUGCUAGAUGAGGGUGAGACUGACAUUACCAAGCUAGGAGCUGUUGAUACAUGGAAGUAUGGAAACUUUCUAUGCAAGAACUACAUCCUCAAUGGAUUGGACAACACUUUAUAUAAUAUGUACAGUCCAAUAAAUACUGCUAAAGAGCUCUGGGAGUCACUAGACAAAAAAUAUAAAACAAAGGAUGCUGGCUUGAAGAAGUUCGUGAUCGGACGAAAUCUGGACUUCAAAAUUAUAGACUCCAAGACAGUCAUGAGCCAAUUGGACAGAAGAAUAAGAAGAGGAAGUACUCUGGCGAAGGUCCCAACCAAGGAAACUACAAGAAGUUCACUGGGAAGUGCUGGUCCCAACCAAGGAAACUACAAGAAGUUCACUGGGAAGUGCUUCAUAUGCGGCAAGCUAGGACACCGAGCUAAAGACUGUCGUAGCCGCAAAGCACAACACAACCCCAAGAAAAAGACCACUGAGGUGCAUAUUGCUGAGGAAGAUAAGUUGACAGUUGAUGUGUCAGAGCUAAAUCCUUCAGCUGUGAUUUCUGAAAUCAACCUGGUGAGCAACAAUAGAGAAUGGUGGGUGGACACAGAAGCUACUCGUCAUGUUUGCUCUGAAAAGAAGAUAUUCACUACCUAUGAAGCUAUAAAUAAUGAAGAAUAA